AUGCUACUGAUUCAGUUUGUACUUUUCGGUUAUUCUAUCUAUCUGUAUGUCUGUCUAUCUAUCUAUCUAUCUAUCUAUCUAUCUAUCUAUCUAUUCACUUUAUUUUUGUCUCUUUAUCAAACCAGUGUAUUUCUCAUUCUUUGUCUUUCUUUCUUUCUUUCUUUCUUUCUUUCUUUCUUUCCCAGCCAUUUCAUAUCUAUCUAUCUAUCUAUCUAUCUAUCUAUCUAUCUAUUCACUUUGUCUCUUUAUGUACUCCGUCUACUUCUUUUUCUUUUUCUGCUUUCUUUCUUUCUUUCUUUCUUUCUUUCUUUCUUUCUUUCUUUCUUUCUUUCCCAGUCAUUUCAUAUCUAUCUAUCUAUCUAUCUAUCUAUCUAUCUAUCUAUCUAUCUAUCUAUCUAUAUUAUGUCUGUAUCUAUGUCUGGCUGCCUAUCUAUCUACUCUUUGUCAUCCCAAGUUCAAUCGUCAUCUAUCCUUCUUAUCUUCAUUACCUACUACGGCUAUUAUUAUUACAUUUUAUUCAUAUCACACGUCGUUCAGAUGCGACCAAAAGAUGAAGUACCGUAG